AUGCCCCAUCCAGUCUCACCACCCCGCCAGCAACCCACCAUGAUCUCAAAAACCUCUGACGGCAAUGCCCCGACUCAGGCAGAGGUCACUGCUAUCCUCGACCAGAUCUUCGCCGCAUCUUCAUCAGAUGCAUCAGUCGCCGCAGCCUAUUCUCUGUGCGAUCUCCUCUUGUCCACCGUCGGUUUCCGCGGACUGGUGCAUUAUGGCAUCCUUGCCGAGAUCAAGAAAGCCGCCGCUGAUAAGAAGAACGGACUUCGAAGAGAAAGCGCACAAAACUUAUUAGGUGCUCUUUUUGAGCGUCUACCUCCCCAGCAAAAGAUCAGCGAAGUAAUUCUCCUUCUCCAAGAUGGAGGCAUGGUUGCUUGCGCUCUCGAUGCUCUUUCCGACAAGGGUUCAGUCGUUCGCGAUGCCGCACAAUACGGACUCGACGAAUUAUUCAAGAACUUGAGCUCUGAAGGACUCGUUGCUGGUCUUCUUCCAGUACUCAACACAUACCUCGCAAAGCGUUCCGGCAAAUGGCAAGGAACCGUUGGGGGUUACAAAUUACUGCAAAGAAUGGCAGAUAAAGCAAAGAUGGAAAUCGGCAGCAGCAAGGAAGAAGCCAACAACAAGGAUAUCUUGCGUGAGUCCAUGGGUAUGAAGUUGGCUGGUUUGAUUCCCAUCGUCGAGGCUGGUAUGCAUGACUUGAAGAGCGAGGUUGAGAAACAAGCUGUUGCCACCAUGACCUCCUUGACGACCCUUCUGUCAAACGACGACGUUGCACCCAGAAUUCCUCUACUUAUCAAGACCAUGCAAAACCCUUCCACCGAAACACAACAGAAGGCUAUUCACGCACUUUCCCAGACCACAUUCGUCGCAAUCGUUACGUCUCCGGUCCUAGCUAUGCUCACCCCGCUCCUGGAGCGAUCCCUCAAUACCCCUACAACUGCUCAAGAAGUCCUCAGACAGACAGUAGUUGUAGUUGAGAACUUGACCAAGCUUGUCCACGACCCAGUGGAGGCUCGUACUUUCCUGCCGAAAUUGAAGCCCGGUGUCAAGGGUGUUCAGGACCGUGCAUCUCUCCCAGAAGUCCGAGAGAUGGCUGCGCGUGCACUUGCCGUUAUUGACAAGGCAAUGGGCGACGAUGAUGGAAACAUUGCCAACGGGGCUAUCGAAAGAACCUCAGUUGACGACGUCGCCAAGGUUCUCGAGGCUGAGAUCAAGAAUGCUGGAGGUCUCGGUGGUGAUUUGGACACGUUCAAACUUGCAAGACCAUAUAUCUGCGCCAUGGUCGUUGAAGACGUCAACCAUCGUGAAAUGGCGCGCAUAUCUGCAUCCAUCGUCCCCUAUCUGCAACACAUCAUGAAAGCACCAGAAGGAGCUAAGGCUGUGGGCGCUGCGGUCCAGAAAUUCUACAUCGACGAGGAUCAUCGCAAGUUUGGACAGCCCAUCAAGGAAGACGAUGGAGAGGUUGAAAUUGUCAACACUGAUUUCUCUCUCGCUUACGGAGGAAUGCUUUUGCUUUCUCACACCAACCUCCGCCUCCUGAAGGGUCACAGAUAUGGUCUUUGCGGCCGAAAUGGUGCUGGAAAGUCCACUCUCAUGCGUGCAAUCUCAAACGGCAAGCUCGAAGGCUUCCCCACUCAAGAUGUUCUCAAAACCUGUUUCGUGGAACACAACCAAGGAGAGGAUGCCGAUAUCAGCAUUUUGGAAUUCGUUGCUAAGGAUCCUGAAAUUGGAAAGGCGGGUAUAGAGCGUAUCUCCGAGGUCUUGGCUGAGGUCGGAUUUACCGCAGGUCCCCAAGGUCGCCAAGCAGAGAAGGUUGGAUCCUUGUCUGGUGGAUGGAAGAUGAAGCUUGCUUUGGCCCGUGCCAUGUUAAUGAAGGCCGAUGUCUUACUUCUUGACGAACCGACGAAUCAUUUGGACGUUGCAAACAUCAAAUGGCUGCAAGAAUACCUCAAGUCACACACCGAAAUCACCAGCUUGAUCGUGUCCCACGAUUCUGCUUUCCUUGAUGCAGUAUGCACAGACAUCUACCACUACGAGCCAGGAAAGAAGUUGGCCUGCUACAAGGGUAACUUGGCUGCAUUUGUCAAGCAAAAGCCAGAGGCAAAGAGUUACUAUACUUUGUCGGAUUCUCUUGUGCAGUUCAAGUUCCCACCUCCUGGUAUUCUUACUGGUGUCAAAUCACACACAAAGGCCAUUCUCCGAAUGACAGACUGUUCUUACACUUAUCCUGGAACCACGAAGCCAUCUCUCCACAACGUUUCAUGUUCGCUGACGCUGUCAUCCCGAACAGCCAUUAUUGGUGGAAAUGGUGCUGGAAAGUCGACUUUGAUUAAGCUUUUGACCGGCGAGACUGUUCCUACAACUGGACAAGUGGAGAAGCACCCCAAUCUUCGUAUCGGGUACAUCAAGCAACACGCCCUCGAGCACGUUGAGAUGCAUCUUGAGAAGACACCUAACCAAUAUCUCCAAUGGCGUUACGCAAACGGUGACGACCGUGAGGUUCACAUGAAGCAGACCCGUAUUCUUUCUCCCGAAGACAAAGCUCAGAUGGAGAAGAUGGUUGAUAUCGGAGAUGGACUGGGCCCAAAGCGUAUCGAAUCGCUCAUGGGUCGCCAAAAAUACAAGAAGACCUUCCAAUACGAAGUCAAGUGGGUCAACAUGCUUCCCAAAUACAACACCCAGAUUUCAGCAGAGACCCUGAAGGAACUCGGCUUCACUAAAUUAAUUCAAGAUUUCGACGAUCAUGAAGCCUCCCGCGAGGGUCUCGGAUUCCGUGAGCUCUCUCCCAAAGUCAUCUCUAAGCAUUUCGAGGAUCUUGGUCUUGACCCCGAGAUUGCAAACCACAACGAGAUCUCUGGUCUUUCAGGAGGUCAGAAGGUCAAGGUUGUGUUGGCGGGUGCUAUGUGGAACAACCCCCAUUUGCUUGUUCUCGACGAACCUACCAAUUUCUUGGAUCGUGAUUCUCUUGGAGGUCUUGCGGUUGCUAUUCGUGACUACAAGGGAGGAGUCGUCAUGAUUUCUCACAACGAAGAAUUCGUCGGCGCUCUCUGCCCAGAGCAAUGGCACGUUGCAGACGGUCGUGUCACCCACAAGGGUCACCUCGCUGUCUCUGCCGACCGCUUUGAGGAGAGCAGACCCUCCAGUGGGUUCAACAGCAGUGUUGCCAGCACCGCCGCCAACAGCGCCAUGUCUAGCGCUGUGAACAGUGGUGCCGAGGACGACGGGAAUAAACCUCUGUCUUUCCGUGCCAAGAAGAAGAAGAAGAUGACCAAGAAGGACUUGAAGGAGCGUGAGGUCAGAAGAAGAUUGAGACACAUCAACUGGCUCAGCUCCCCCAAGGGAACACCCCACCCGCCAGACACCGAUGACGAGUCAUAG